AUGACGAGAUCGCUGUUCGCAUUAUGGCUUCUACCUGCCUCCAUUGCGGCAUAUCUCCAAGUCAGCUAUCCAUUCAACUUGCAACUCCCGCCAGUUGCGCUUGUUGGUGAAUCAUAUGAAUAUCAAAUCGCGCCAACGACAUUUGCGACCGACUCAGACAACCUGCAAUACUCUUUGGUCGGAAAUCCGACUUGGCUGUCACUAGACAGCAAUAGUCGGACACUGUCUGGAACUCCGAGUGCUAGCGAUGUUGGGGAGAUCAACUUCAAGAUAAAUGCGGCUGGAUCGAAUGGCGCAUUUGUCGAUAUGGACUCAAAGCUCAUGGUCGCAAAAGAAAAUGGCCCAGAUGUCAAGGGCAAUGUCACGCAAGUGCUUGCGACCUCGGGACUACUCUCCGGACCGAAAACUAUCAACAUUGGACCUUCAAAGCCCAUCGACAUCACAUUUCCUUGGAAUACCUUUGCGUCUAAUGGAUGGUCACCGUCGUACUAUGCGCUCCUUUCCGAUCAUACGCCAUUGCCUGCAUGGAUCAGCUUCGAUGGAUCAUCGCUCCAUUUCACUGGGACCACCCCCUCUAUUACCUCCACACAGAGUUUUGACAUACUCUUGAUCGCUUCUCAAUCCCCAGGCUAUGCUGGCUCUUCGCUGUCCUUCACUCUUGUAAUCAGCAAUCACCAGUUCUUAUUCCAACCCUACGCCCAAACUCUCAAUUUGGAAAAGAGACAAAAUGUCUACAUUGAUCUGAAAAGCACGCUGCUCCUCGAUGGUGUAGCAGUGCUGGAGCCGCAGAUUCAGUCUGUCGAUGCCACAUUGCCUUCAUGGCUGAAGCUUGACAAGAAAACUUCAAUAAUCAGCGGCGAUGCACCAUCCGGGACCAUGUCGCAAGACAUCUCCGUCAAUGCAACGGACCAGUUCGGCGACGUGGCGCAAUUGAACCUCCAUAUACUCUUCAAAUCCGACCUCUUUGCGUCAGAGAUUGGCCAUAGUGAAUGCAACGAUCGGAGAGAAAUUCGAAAAGCGGUACCGUCGAGCGUACCAGCGGGUACUGCGAGCAACGCUGACCCACACCAUGAGGACAACGCCGGACAAAUAGCUGGUAUCAUCAUCGGCUCAAUCAUUGGAGCCAUAUGCGGCAUACUUUUGCUAUUCGGACUUGUAAUCUGUCUGCGUCGCAGGAAACAGCGCAAAUCUUACGCAAGCCCGAAGCUACCUAGAAGUCCGAAGAAAUCUGACAUAUCGCGUCCGAUGUUCAUUCCACUUGGGUACCCGCACGUUGACGUGGAUCAUGACCAAGAAGACCUCGAGAACGGUAAAGGAGAACAUGACUACUUGAUGCAUCGUGCCUCGGAAAAACCACCAAUGCUGGAUCUGGAUCUGCAAGCUGAUGACAGAGAUGACGAGUCUCUUACAGACUCGAUCGGUGAUGCAGAUACUCUCGACCGACCAAUGGACGUGAAGCGCGACUCAUACAUCCGAAACCGCGCUUCAAACAAAUCGCCAUUCUUCAGUGCUGCCGGUAGCCGCGCGUCGUCUUCAACGUACAAAGGGGCCCCUGCCUUCAUGUCUGACGCUCCAGCAAGGAGGAACACAAUUGUAAGGCCAGAUGAUGAUGUAGUCGAGGGUAGGGGCAAAGAGAUGCCGAGUAGCUCGAAGGCCCGGAAGCCAUCAAAGGAGCGUAUCGAAGCACGCAGGAGCGUCAGCAAGCCGUCUGUCAGCCCUGUGUCGGAGACAUCACCAAAAGAGUUUCCUGGUAGCUUGCGUCAAAAUCGGGUGACUCGUCCAUACACAUCCGCAGGCAUUCAUCGAGACCGUGUCGAGAAGAGCUAUGCCAGACCAGACACGACCAUCGCAUAUAGUUCAAGCGAAAUGCCCCGACGCGCAAGCACGCGCGACAGCCUUCGCGCAUAUUCUCUGAAAUCACGGCUCAAUGAUCUGACUGGCAGUGAGAUCUUCAAGGAUGCUGAUCUGAGUGACAGCGUGUACACUGACGAGGAAGAUGAGAUUGAAGAGGCUGAGAAGCGGGUGAUGGUGAAGCCAGGAGACUUUGUAUUGCCGCCGUUGCAGAUUGAUACUAGGCGGAGGAGCAAACGUAACAGUGCUGAGAAGAAGGCGGAGAAGCAGAAGAGGACGAGUAAGGCUCGCCAAUCCCAAACCGCCACCGACCGCAAAUCCAAGCGCAUCUCCAAAACCCCCUCCCAACCCGUCUCCAACCCCAAAGAGCGCCACUCCCGCAAAUCCCUCCACUCGCGCUCCGCCUCGCUGAAAAAGACGCAUUCCCGCGGCCAAUCCACCGCCUACCCCUUCUUCGACAGCGUCUCGCGCCCCACCAGCACCACGCGCCCCUCCUCCUCCAAGCUCUCGCUCAUGACGCGCGACCUCAGUGGCAACCUGACUUUCUACGGCGCCGAAGACGAAGAGCCGACCGUCGAGGAACUGCGCAGCUCGUCCAUUGGCUUCCGCACGUCAAACGGGCGCAUCAAUUCCAACGCGCGCCGCUCCCGCCUUGCGAGUCUGCACGAGAGCAGUCAGUUUGCGACGCCUUCCCCGCCACCGAAGAGUAGCAAGCGCGCGACGGUGCAGCAGGUUGCGCAGACACAGGUGAGGCCCGCGGGACUGGGGCUUUUUCCGGUCGAUGUUAGGGCAGAGAUGUGUGUGGGAAGGGAGAGAGAGAGGGAGAGGACGCCGUUGGGUGCGUUGGGUGGGGAGAAUGUCAGUCGGAUGACACCGGAGGGGGAGAGUGGGUUGGAUGGGCAGAAGGGGAGACAGCAGGGAUGGGGGAGUUUGAAGAGUAUGGUGGGGAAGGGGGGGAGGUGGGUUAGUGGUGGGUAUUGGGAUAAGCAGGGGAGGGAGGAUAAGGUUUUUCUGUGA